GCCUGGUGAGGGCCCUCGGUGGCGCGCACGCGCAGAUGCCGGCUGGGCUGAGCUGCUACUCGGAGGCGCCUGUCACAUGAGCCGUGCGCCCGCUCUGCUCCCCCUCCUCCUGGCUGGGCUGUGUGAAUGAAGCUCUGCUGGCUACGUGGGGCGCUAGCUCAAUUCGGAGUGUGGAACGCAAGAGCAGAUCCAGCGCGUGCCCACCGCGGGUGGACGUUGGCUGCACCGCCCUUGACCUCGGUGACAGAGCAAAUCAGUUCCCCAGAGUUCCGAGUUGUAAACGCAUGUUGGUGUGAUAACGUCAGUGGAAGCUGCACGGAGUAAAUAAGGGAAACCCAGGAGUGGGAGCCUUAAAAACUAGUUUGGGGCUUUAGCUUCUUGCAGAAACUAGGACCACGCAGUUGCAUUUCCAUCUACAUUCUCAUCUAAGACUCCCAUCAAAAGAAGGGGGGCUCUGGGAAGCUCUGAGCCUGUGACCCCAUCGUGGAAGAAGAUAGGUUUAAGAUGGCCAUGUGGCAGGGAGCCAUGGAUAACAGAGGCUUUCAGCAGGGAAGUUUUAGUAGUUUCCAGAGCAGCUCCAGUGAUGAAGACUUGAUGGACAUCCCAGGGACAGCUAUGGAUUUCUCCAUGAGAGAUGACGUGCCUCCCUUAGAUCGAGAAAUGGAAGGGAACAAGUCAUACAAUGGUGGUGGAAUAAGCUCUUCAAAUAGGAUCAUGGACUUCUUGGAGGAACCAAUUCCUGGUGUAGGGACCUAUGAUGAUUUCAACACAAUUGAUUGGGUGAGAGAGAAGUCUCGAGACCGAGAUAGGCACCGAGAGAUUACGAAUAAAAGCAAAGAGUCAACAUGGGCCUUAAUUCACAGUGUGAGCGAUGCUUUUUCUGGCUGGUUGUUGAUGCUCCUUAUUGGGCUUUUUUCAGGUUCCUUAGCUGGUCUGAUAGACAUUUCUGCUCACUGGAUGACAGACUUAAAAGAAGGGAUAUGCACAGGGGGAUUCUGGUUUAACCAUGAACACUGUUGCUGGAAUUCUGAGCACGUCACCUUUGAAGACAGAGACAAAUGCCCAGAGUGGAAUAGCUGGUCCCAGCUUAUCAUCAACACAGAUCAGGGAGCCUUUGCCUACAUAGUUAAUUACUUCAUGUACGUCCUCUGGGCUCUCCUGUUUGCUUUCCUUGCCGUAUCUCUUGUCAAGGUGUUUGCACCUUAUGCCUGUGGCUCUGGAAUCCCUGAGAUAAAAACUAUCCUGAGUGGUUUCAUUAUUAGGGGCUAUUUGGGUAAGUGGACCCUGGUUAUCAAAACCAUCACCUUGGUGCUGGCAGUGUCAUCUGGCUUGAGCCUGGGCAAAGAGGGCCCCCUAGUGCACGUGGCUUGCUGCUGUGGGAACAUCCUGUGUCACUGCUUCAACAAAUACAGGAAGAAUGAAGCUAAGCGCAGAGAGGUCUUAUCAGCUGCAGCAGCUGCUGGUGUGUCUGUAGCCUUUGGGGCUCCUAUCGGUGGAGUACUAUUCAGCCUGGAAGAGGUCAGCUACUAUUUUCCCCUCAAAACAUUGUGGCGUUCAUUCUUUGCUGCUCUGGUGGCAGCAUUUACUCUACGCUCCAUCAAUCCAUUUGGAAAUAGCCGCUUAGUUCUAUUUUAUGUGGAGUUUCACACGCCGUGGCAUCUUUUUGAGCUUGUGCCAUUCAUUGUGCUGGGCAUAUUUGGUGGUCUGUGGGGAGCUCUAUUUAUCCGAACAAAUAUUGCCUGGUGCCGGAAGCGUAAAACCACACAGUUGGGCAAGUAUCCUGUCAUCGAGGUACUCAUUGUGACAGCCAUCACUGCCAUCUUGGCUUUCCCCAAUGAAUACACCCGGAUGAGCACAAGUGAGCUCAUUUCUGAGCUGUUCAAUGACUGUGGCCUUCUGGACUCCUCCAAGCUCUGUGAUUAUGAGAACCAUUUCAACACAAGCAAGGGUGGUGAGCUGCCAGACAGACCUGCUGGCGUGGGAGUCUACAGUGCUAUGUGGCAGCUGACUUUGACACUCAUACUGAAAAUUGUUAUUACUAUAUUUACCUUUGGCAUGAAGAUCCCUUCUGGUCUGUUUAUCCCUAGCAUGGCUGUUGGUGCUAUAGCAGGCCGUCUUUUGGGAGUAGGAAUGGAGCAAUUGGCUUAUUAUCACCAUGACUGGGGCAUCUUCAAUAGCUGGUGUAGUCAGGGAGCUGAUUGUAUCACACCUGGCCUUUAUGCUAUGGUUGGAGCUGCAGCUUGCUUAGGUGGGGUGACUCGGAUGACUGUUUCUCUUGUUGUCAUAAUGUUUGAACUGACUGGUGGCUUGGAAUAUAUUGUACCGCUGAUGGCUGCAGCCAUGACAAGCAAGUGGGUGGCAGAUGCUCUUGGACGGGAGGGCAUUUAUGAUGCCCACAUCCGUCUCAAUGGAUAUCCCUUUCUUGAAGCCAAAGAAGAAUUUGCUCAUAAGACCCUGGCAAUGGAUGUGAUGAAACCCCGGAGAAACGAUCCUUUAUUGACUGUCCUUACUCAGGACAGUAUGACUGUGGAAGAUAUAGAGACUAUAAUCAGUGAAACCACUUAUAGUGGCUUUCCAGUGGUGGUAUCCCGAGAGUCACAAAGACUCGUAGGCUUUGUCCUUCGAAGAGACCUCAUUAUUUCAGUUGAAAAUGCUCGAAAGAAACAGGAUGGGGUUGUGAGCACUUCCAUUAUUUAUUUCACUGAGCACUCCCCUCCAAUGCCUCCAUAUACUCCACCCACCCUUAAGCUUCGGAACAUCCUGGAUCUCAGCCCCUUCACUGUGACUGACCUGACACCAAUGGAGAUUGUAGUGGAUAUCUUCCGCAAGCUGGGACUGCGGCAGUGCCUGGUUACACACAAUGGGAGAUUACUUGGAAUCAUUACCAAAAAGGAUGUGUUGAAGCAUAUAGCACAGAUGGCAAACCAAGAUCCUGAUUCCAUUCUCUUCAACUAGAAUCAUGGGGUUAUUUUGGAAAUGAAACAGGAAGGACAUUGCAGACCAUGGAUAUAUUUUAUUAACUGGGUACCCAAAACAUAUUUCCUGUAUUUGGAUGGUGAAGUCAUAUUAGUGUAUUGUCUCUUUCCUACAAGUUAACCAGUUGCACUACAUAAUCUCUGGAAAUUAAUCUUCUCUUUAGGAGAAAAUACAGUUAGGCUUAUGUGACAUUGCAUUAGGAAGGAUUCAUGAAAGAGCAAACAAGAUUGCUAUGGUUUAAUUAUAUUUGUUCUUUAAUUUUAAUUUUAAAGUAAUUGUUAGCCAAUAUGCAAUCAGUAAAAACUAUGCAAGAAAAAUUCCAACUAUCUUGGCACAUAAUCUGCAGGAAACUCACAAAAAAGUCAUUUUGGGGGACUCUUGUCUUUGGUUGAAGAUGAAGUGUAAACUAAAGGACUUUGCUUUCCAAACCCAAAAAGGAAAGCCAGAAGGAAAUCGUAAUGGCAAUUUCUUGACUGUGAAGAUUCAGUUCCAAUGUUAUUCUUAUCUCUGUUACAAUAUUUAGCAUUAUUGGUUUGUUAUGUGUUUAUGUAUAUGUUAAUUUUAGUUUCUGAUUAUAAGACAAUGCUGCUUUGGUUAAUCUCUUCCAGAUGAAUUGAGAGAGGUUGACUUUUAUAGCUUGCUUGUUCCUGGUACUCUUUUGAAGUGCACAAAGUUAAGUUACAGAGCUUUCUUCUUGUCUGCAAAAAAGCUAAAUUUCUAGGUGGUUAGCUAGUGGACAAGAACUUUAUCACGAGUUUGUUAGUAGCAAGGAAUGAUUUCUUCUAGCUUCCUUGAAAUCAAGAUAAGAGUUCUAGGCAAAAGUCAGUGAGUAGGAAUUUCACACUUUUUGUGAAGUCCUAACAAAACCUCUUACCCAGAUGCCACCUCUGCGAAUGAUGGUGCUUUAGGCUUCUGAGAUAUGUUAAGAACAGUAAAUGAAACUCAGUCUGUGUUGCAUACUGGUAAAUCAGGGAAGAUUCAGAGCUGUGUCUACAUCCUGAUGCAUUCUUUUGGGAAAACCACCAGUUCUAAAAUAAUUGGACACUCAAGCACCUCCAGUAUUGAGUACGCACAAUGGGCCAGUGUUGUCCCUGUGAGCAUAAAGUCGGCUUGGGAUACUUUCAUAUAUUAUUGAAGGUGUUGGAAUAGAAUAUGGAGCUGCAACGAUUUUGAGGGUGCACUCUUAGAGAUCUAACUAAAAUGAAGAGCCAUCCUAAGACCUUGGGGUAUGGACAAGGCCUGGUGACACCAAAGGUGCUUGUACCCAGUAGAAAAGGUGCCUGUCUCAAUUUCUUACCACAAGGUAGUUUAAAAAAUAUCAUUUUAGAGAUGCCUGGUAGAAUGAAUGAGCCACCACCAUCAUUCCAAUCACUAUUUCAUUUUUCUGUCAUUUUACCUGUGUGCAGUUUUUCUCCCAGCACUCUGCCUUUCUUCUCUCAACACUGACUCCUCUUUGGAAUGGAGUACUGUGCUUGGUUAAUCAUUUCUAAUAACAAAAAUGAUGCCUACCAGGGCUAGUUAAAUUGCCAAGGCUCAGCAGUCUCAUAGCACUUGAACUAGAGGUGACUUUUGCCAUGUGGUCGAGUUGCUGCUGUCAUGCCUCCAUUUCUGUCCCAGAUGCCCAUGACAAUGAGACUGCAAUGUUAGUGAGAGCUCAGCCUUGUUCAUUUUACAGAUCUAUUCCCAACACUUCCUAGUAACCUUUGAGUCCAGAAUGAAAAGGUACUUGGUACAUUCCCUUGUAUAACCAUCCCCUUAAGCAACUCAGUGUACCUCAUUUUAAAUGUUGUUGAUCCCUGAGUCUAAGACUUUUGUUUUUAACUCCUAAUUCUUACUGUUCCAAAAUCUGAAAUUCUUUCAUUAUCCAGGGAUGAGUAGCUGGGGCUUAUUUUUAAUUUUGUCUUUACUAUAUCAAGGAAGCACCAAAGUUUCUCUUUUAAGUAUAUUGCUCUAACAUUUUAAUGAAAAAGAAUGUUUCAUGCUAUCAUAAUCAUGGCUUCCGGUGACUUUAUGUCUUGUUCCUUCCAUGCCACUGCAUUCUUUGUAUCAGAUAAGACUUAUCUGUGUAUUUCUGGUUCAGUUCCUAUCUCACGAAACUUCCUCACGAAACUUCGAAAAACAGGAAACGUCAUUGUGUUUGGUAUUUGAUGGCAAGGUCAAGGUAAGGUUUGGUCAUAUGUCAUAGAACAGUAGUGGCAUGGAGAGUGUCUUGCUCAAUUCUUUGUACCUUCCAGUCUCUUCUUCGUAGACAGCUGAGCCAGUGUUAAGGUGCUACUUCAGAGAAUAUGAGAAAUCAGAUAACACCGUGCCAAGGUAUACUUUCUAGAUGCUAAGUACCGAUUGGCCCUUCAGAGAAUUGACAAUAUCCCCUUGAUACCUUACUCCUGGUAAAUCUCAUUCAUUAACCUCAGUUUCUCAGGAAUCCUUGCAGCUUGUAUACUAGAAGUAUCUAUAGUAUAUGAUGUCCACUAUAUGUCCAAUCCUAUGCUUUGGCUCAAAGUUUAGCUAGUUCUGACUGGAGUACUCUACGAGAGUGCUGGCUCAACACCUGGACACACAGUGGUUCUUGUCUUGAGGUGAAGGAAAGUUUUUCCUGCCAUUGCCAUUCCAAUCAGUUAGAUAUUCUUCAUUUAAAAAAAAAAACAAACAAAGCCAAUAUAAGGAGGUAUGGCAACAGCCUCAAAUGACCAAAUACCUCAGUGGCAAAAUACUGGAGAAUUUAUGAUUUUAAGAUGAAUUGAGACAAGUUUAUUUUAGUACUUGAAAGAAAUUGCCUGAUAUAAAGGAAGUGUUUACAGAAGAAUGCCAAUAAUUCUUCAGCAGAAUUUGGAUUUUUCCAAGGAAAUAUAUCUAAAGGAUAUCUAGCUGUGAAGGAACUUCAUGAAUUUGUAAGUCUAACUGCUGUAUUUUCCAUCUUCACAGCUCCAAUUUAAAGACUCUAAUGAAGCUGAAAAAAAGUGCUUUGGAGGGAACAAACGGGACUGACAAUGUGAAAUAAUGUCUGUCAAAGGUCGUUUCUCCUGUGUGUUUGGUUAGAAAUAAACAAGUUGCAGCACCCUCUUCUGUCUAGCCCCAGCGUCCUAGUUCAGUCCAUCUGCAUGACAGAGGUGAUGUGAUCAACAGAAUAGAGAGCCUUUGGUGGAUUAUCUGACAUUAAUGAUACUUAGAAUUUGCCAGCUGGCAGAGUAAACUAUUAAUUUGCUGAUUGAAUUGCAAAGUGAUCCAAUAGUUUUGGCAUCAAAGUCUGAAUAUCAAUCCUUUACAGGAAGAUCAGGGGCCUUUCUAAAAAAAAAUAGAUUUCUAAUAUUUGGGAUGAACUUUACUGUCUUAAAAAAAAACCUUAAUUUUUGUAAUCACCUCUGGUAUUGUCUGGGUUUCAUUGGGAUGACAGUAGAAGAGCCCUGCUUAACAAAAUGUGAGUGGUGUCAGAUGGCUGUAAGAAAUUCGUCCCAUGUACCAGUCCAUGCAAGGUUGCAUUAGGUGGUCAGAAACUGCUUGAUUUUGAACCUCAAAGUACUGUUUGGUUCAAGGACAGUCUGGUUUCAUGGAGAGGUUGACCAAAGUUCAAGGAAGGCUAUACUAUCUAAAUGUCUAAAUGAUAAGCUUUCAAUCAUGUUUUAGCCUCCCGACUAUGCCCUUAUUGUAUAUUGAAAAGGAAAAGGUAUUUUCUCAGAUGCAGCUCAGUAGCUGUAUAGGUUUGUAGAUGAAUGGGUGAGAUGGAGCCGGGUAAUUGCUGGACUUUGCUUCUGCUUCAUUUAUUUGACUCAAAGGAGAAAAAUUCUGGGGAGAGUGUGUAUUAGCAACUUUAACCUAAUCUCUAUGUUUGUUGGCCACAUUCUCAUCCCUGAACAUCUGGAUCUCGGCAAAGUUUUGAAGAGAUGUUUGUCUGAUUUUGCCAAAUCCCCCAGGAAGGAUAGAAAAAAAAUGUGUUAUGUGGAGUUUGCCUUUCGUGGAUGGGGCCUGUCAGGUUGCGGGGCUCAGCCCAGCCCAGCGCAGCCCAGCCCAGCCCAAUCUUGCAGUCAAAACUUCCUACCUCUAAGUUGUUACCAAAGGGUCUUUGCCCUCGGUGUUCACACUUGUUGAAUGAAUGCCCUGACUAAAGUUGGGCCUUUUGAGGAGAGACAGCAUGUGCUGAUACAUAUGAGGCAAAACUUAAUCUCUGCCUUCUUCUCCCCAACCUUUUCUUUUUUGUUCUCCCUACCAUGUCCUAAAUUCACAUCUCUCUCCAUUUUUACAAGCAUACUGUUUUGAAUAUGGACUUUGGUGGGGAGAGAGGAUGAUUCUGAGAUCAGAGAAUGGCAACUCUUCAGGGUAUAGGGCCGUUGACACUUUCUUCACUCCACGGUAGGGGCCAAAGCCAGCAAUGCUGGAAGUGUUGAGGGCUUUAGCUGUAUUACAUACUAAUCCAAAUGUGUUGGAAUUUGGGAAUGGUUUAGAUUUUAAUUAGAGAGAUGCAAUUUAGUGAAGUGGGGAAGAAGGACCUCUGAUAAUGUUUAUCAAAAUAGGAACAUUCAGCUUCACUGUCAUGUAGGGGUACCUCAGAAUAUGAUUCUUCAAGAAUGCUUCUUUUCCUUCCGUUUCACUUUUGUCCUGUCUUCACUGUCAUGCCUUUUUAGUACUCAGCUUUUUAUAUAAGUAUUUACUUUUUUUUACUAUAUAUUUGGUCCUUUUGGACUGUACAAUGAUAAGAAUUUAUUCCAUUCAAGAGAAAAUGAUAUGUUUAGUAUUUUGUUCUCUUAAAUUGUCUUUUGAAGCUAUGCUGCUAACCAGGUUCAGGCCAGAAAGUAAUUGGGCCUGACCAGCAUCUUGGUCGUGUCACCUAAGGGUAACAAUGAUGUCAUGAUGGUGACUCUUCUUUAUUUGACCAGGGCUAGCCUCCUGUUCAUACCUCUGCCCAUUAAUUUCUGGCCAUGGGACAUAUACCAGCUGUUGGGUGAGCCAUUGGAGCCAGAAGGAUCAGAGGGGCCAGGAUCCAGCCCAUGGGCACCGUGUGAAUUACUCUGUAGGAUGCUCAUUUCUAGGGCUGCUUUCAAUUGCAGUAGCCAAAGAAAACCUGUCUGACUGGACAUUUGAAUUCCCAAGACUUGGUCAAAGUUCAGCUGAAGCUAUUGUAUAGAUACUUGCAGUAGCCCAGCACCAAGAAACAAGCUUUAACCAAAGCUAAUAGAACCCAAGUUUCCACAGGAAGCUUGGUACUGAGCUGUUCAGAUCAGUCAUUUACCUGAGUGUUGCCAACCCUUCAGCCAUGCUUUUGUAGCUUUAGCCUCACCUGCUUAUAGACAUAGCCCAAGUCAAAGCUGUGGCUCACUGCUCACUUUGUUCUGCUCCCUGUUUAUGUAUAAAGGAAAACAUUGAUUGGGGAGUAAGGAGACCUGGUUUCUAUUCCUUAUGCUUCUACUAACUAGCCUCAAGAUCUUAACCGCUCUGUGCCUCAGUGUUCCCAUCUGCAAAAUGGGGAUAGUGUAAAUUGCCCUACCUACCUCACAGGGUUGUUGUGAGGAUAAACUGAGACAAUGAAUGGAAAGCACUUUGACAAGUAAGUGCUAUGCAACUUGUAAGAAAUAGAAACAUCAUGUUUAAGGCAAUGGAAUGGACAUUAGCAGAAGGGUUAAUGAAAUUGUCCAGCCCUUUCUCUCUGUGGCUUAAACCUAGGUCGCCAUUGCUUUAUACAUUUUCACUUAGCACAGAUUUGUAAUUAUGCAUGUAAUAAAGCACAGCCUUAUUCAACUUGG